AUGAGGACUCUUAAAUUUCAGCUCGACUACGUUCUGGCGAGGAACAUUCCUCAGUCAGAUAUCCGAAAAUCUAGAGCUGUUUGGGACGUCGCGUUCGACUCUGACCACCGUCCAGUUCUUCUCAGCUUCAAGCUACGGUUCCACAAGAGAAACCGAGGAGUUCCUCUUCAACCGAAAAUCGACAUGGCAGGUCUGAAAGACGAUGAAUGCAGAAGAAAAUUCCGCCAACGUGUGUCUAUUCAUGUUGGAGUACGGACCAGGAAGAAGCUUAGCGAUGCGGAUUCCUUCACAAAGUGCAUCCAGGACGCUGCAAGGGAAACGCUCCCGGUUCUAUUGCCGCGGAGGAAGUUUGCCUUUGCAUCUGCGGAAACAAAAUCCACACACAAUUCUGUAUGUGUCGCGCCCAGCGCUGGUGACUUCAACCAGGAAAAGCGUCUUAGAAGGAAGCUGCGUCGUCAACUGCAACAGGACCGCGAUAACGAGUGGACGCCAAGAGCGAUGGAGUUUGAGAAGGCGUGA